ACGUAGAGCAUGUUUGGGAGGGACUUUAUUCACACAUAAAUAGUUACAUGACUCCUAAAGUCGCCGCUAUGUGACCAUUAUGUUGUAAUACAGAUUUCUGUUUAAUUUAAUCGCGUCCUCUAGCUUUAAUUCAACAAGACUUUAGCACCAGAGAGGCUAACGGUUACUUUUCAUCCACCGCCACUUCCGCUUUUUUCUGCGAGUUCAGGUUAGGUGACAGCUCAAUCCUUCUGGUCCUGAGGUGUGUGUGUGUGUGUGUGUGUGUGUUUGUGUGUCGCAAGUGAGCUGCCGAAGUCCACAUAAAGUGUUCAUAACAUGGUUCAAACUUGCAAAGAGGCUGAAUCUGAGCCUCGGAUCUACGGUUUCAGCAGAGCAGCCUCCGCGGUGCUGACCCACCUCAUCUGCAUCGUCUUCACGGUGUUCAUCACGGCUCUGUCUCGGCCCGGCUCCAGUUGGUUUUCCUGGCACCCCUUUUUUAUGACUCUAGCUUUCUCCUUCUUCAUGACAGAAGCCAUACUGCUUUUCUCCCCCCAUGGCUCCCCCAUCAAAAAGUUCCCACACAAGACGAAAGGUCGUGUCCACUGGAUCCUGCAGAGCCUCUGUGUGUCCUGUGCAGUCCUGGGUCUGGCAGCCAUCUUUUACAACAAACACCUGAAUGGUAAACCCCACUUCACCUCGUGGCACGGUCUGCUGGGCCUGCUCACAGUGUGUGUGGUGGGGCUGCAGUCUUUGGCAGCUCUGCCUCUCAUCUACCACUCUCUGGCCAAAGGCUGGUCCCUGGCCAAACUGAAGCGUUACCACGCAGCGUCCGGCCUUGUCACAUAUCUUCUGGGCAGUGCCAGCCUGCUUCUGGGCCUGAGCUCUGCCUGGUUCACUGCUUCUGUCGGGGAAUACACCUGGUACCUGUCAGCACUCUGUGCUGCUCUCAAUGCCCUCGUCAUUAUGAACCAAGUCACCAGUGCGUACACGGCUAAGAAACGGCUGCAGUCCUGACAGAAGACCUUUAAAGCUGACUUGCAUUAACCCAUUGAAGCCUGGAAAGCGGAUAUGUCGAUUUGUAGUAUUUGUAUAAGCUCUCAAAUACUUGUUGAAUUUCAUUUCUAUCCGCUACAGAGGCUGAAAAAUCUAUUAUUUAGUAGAAGCGUUGACACUUCUGUUGAAUUUCCAGAAAAACUUCUGGUUUUAGGGGCUUAUUUUAAAAUCGCCCAGAGGUUUUACAGGCAGUUUUAGGCAUCAAUGGGUUGAUGACUUCAGGGUUUCUGAAAUCCAGCCAACUGCCCUAAAUUUAUCUUGAAAAAUGUUGAAUUUUUGCAUCUCAGGUUGCUUAUUAUCCUGCCUUUUGACUAUUUAUGCUGCCUUUGAUUACCUUUCAAAAAAAAAAAAAAAAAUCGUACUGAAGAUAUGUUAAUUA